AUGUGUGGUAUUUGUUGUGUUGUUACCUUGUCUAAGCAGCAUACUAUUCAUGAUUUCUUUAGCAAAGAUGUGCUCUCCUGCCUUAGACGAAGAGGACCAGACAGUAGUCAACAGUUCAUAAAAACUGUGUCUGGUAUCUCUUAUGAGUGUCUGUUUUCUGGUCAUGUACUUCACUUGAGAGGCUUGUUGACUCCUCAGCCUCUGGAAGAUGCCAGUAACAAUAUUUUCCUUUGGAAUGGAGAAAUUUUUGAUGGAGUUCAUGUUGGAUCUCUAGAGAAUGACACUGAAAUUAUGUUUAAUCGUCUUACUUUAUGCAAUAGUGAAACUGACAUUUUGUCACUCUUUUCAUCACUUCGAGGUCCAUGGUCUUUUAUUUAUUAUCAAGGAUCUAGAGACUGUUUAUGGUUUGGUAGGGAUUAUUUCGGUCGUCGUAGCUUGCUUUGGCAGUUCAGUAAUGAGGUUGACAGGGCUGUCUGUCUCGCAUCUGUAGGUGUUUAUUCUGAAUCUAAUAACCAAUGGCAAGAAGUCCCAGCAUCUGGAAUUUUCAAAAUUGAUCUCAAAGCUUGUGCAGCAACUAAAUCUUUGUCUUUAACAUUGUUUCCAUGGAAAUAUAGUUGCACAGAGAAAACAGUAGAAGAAAUAUUCAUUAAUGUUCUGGAUCGAGUUUCAAAAGAUUUGCCAAACCAUAUACCUCUUGCAACAAAUGAAUCAAAACUCUGUCUGACAACACCAAUUAUUCCCUUAAAUAAAACAAUUUCUGAAGCUUUAGGUGAAGAUCAGUGCACUAAUGUUAGCAACAUUAACCGUACAGUUUCUUUAGAAACUCUUCAAGCAUUUCUUGGAGUAGAACACAAGAAGAAAUUAGUCCAUCAAUUUAUUGAUGUUUUAAGUGAAGCAGUGAAGAAACGAGUUUUAAAUCUCUUUAGAGAUGAAGAUCAGAAAAGAGGAGACACUCCAAGCAUGUCUACCAGUAAAGCACAUGUUGCAGUGCUCUUCUCUGGAGGCGUUGAUUCUAUGGUUAUUGCAGCCCUUGCUGAUCAACAUGUUCCUGUGGAAGAACCAAUUGAUCUUCUCAAUGUAGCUUUCAUGAUUAAAGAACAAAGGAAGCAAAAAUGUGCCUCUAAAAACCAUAUUGACCAGGAAAUACAACUUAAGUUGCUUUCUUGUCAAGAAAGCUAUAAAGAUCCUGAUGCUAAAACUGAUGAUCACUUGGUUUGCUUUGAUGUUCCUGACAGAAUCACUGGUAGAGCAGGACUGAAAGAAUUAAAAGCUCUUAACCCUUUAAGAACCUGGAACUUUGUGGAAAUUAAUGUUACGCUAGAGGAAUUGAAAAGAAUGAGACAAAAGCGCAUUAGUCACUUAAUCUAUCCAUUGAAUACAGUCCUGGAUGACAGCAUUGGGUGUGCAGUUUGGUUUGCUUCCAGAGGAGAGGGUUUUAUUAGUAACCAAGGAGAACUGAAACCAUACAGAAGUUCUGCAAAGGUUGUACUUACAGGAAUUGGGGCAGAUGAGCAGCUUGCUGGAUAUUCUCGACAUCGUGUUUGCUUCGAAAAACAUGGUUUAGAGGGUCUAAAUAAAGAAAUUGAAAUGGAGUUGGAUCGCAUUUCUUUUAGGAAUCUUGGUAGAGAUGACAGAAUUAUUGGCGAUCAUGGAAAAGAAGCCAGGUUUCCUUUUCUUGAUGAAGAUGUUGUUUCAUUCCUCAAUUCUCUGCCUAUCUCAGAAAAAGCAGAUUUGACUUUACCUCGAGGAAUUGGUGAGAAAUUGAUUCUGCGCCUUGCAGCUGUGGAGUUUGGCCUUACAGCCUCGGCCAUUUUGCCAAAGAGGGCUGUACAAUUUGGAUCUCGCAUUGCAAAACUGGAGAGCAACAGUGAAAAAGCCUCUGAUACAUGCAGCAGACUAAAGUUACUUUCAAUAGAUGAAGUAUAAAGCUACAUCUUGAGAAACUGCUGUUAUCCUGUAUGCAUAUUCAGUAAAAACCUUGGGGUUGUUUUAGAAUA